GCAAGCUCGCACAAGGUGGAGCGGCGGUCCGUGAGCCGGAGCCUCCCUCUCUUCUCUGGAAGGCGCGUCUACUUCUGCCAGAGCGAGCCCGCGAAGAUGCGCAUUCGCCGUGCCGCGGUGCAUCUCGCCCAGUCGGGCAAGGUCAGCGUUGGCGAGGGUUCCUCGUGGGACGAAGCCUCCGACGCGGCGACGGCCGACACAGCUUGGUCGAGUACAGCUCUCGUCCUCGACGACCUCGCGCGGUGGUCGGGCUCGGCACCUCGUCGCCCGUACUCGCCGUACCGCCCUCAGCCCGUCUUGACGGCCAACCCGGCCGCGCUCUCGUCGACGCCCGCCGACGACCCCGCACCUUCUCCGCCCGGCGCUCGCACGGCCACGGCCUCGCCCGCCAGCAUCCACGAGUGGGCGCCGGUCGACGACAUGGCCCAGCACCGGGCGGGCCACUACGACCCGCCAGGCGUCCCGCACCCGCUCCAGCUCGCCGCGCACCGCCAGUCGUUGCCCUCGAUCGACCUCGGCCGCGACCACCACCACCACUUCGAGCAGCAGCAGCAGCAGCAGCAGCGCGACUACGACGAGCAGCGCAGGCGCAUGAGCAUGUCGGCCCUGUCGCACGGCCACCCGGGCGACGAGUACGCCCACCACCUCGACGACUCGCCCCAGUUUGCGCCCUCGUCGGCGCCCGCAGCAGGUGACGGCGGCGGCGGGUACGACGCUCAAGGCGCGCACGAGCACUACGGCGACGACCAAGGCUAUGCAUCCGCGUCGCACUUUGCGCCGCACCCGGCCUACUCGUCGUCGUCGUCGUCGCAAGGCCAGUACGGCCGCCCCUACCCGCACGCCCCGUACGACCACCACUCGCCGUUGGCGGCCGCCGCCCCUCGCUCGGCCGGGAGCCGUCCCUCGUCGCGCUACGGCGCCAACAUGUCCCCGAACGGCUACGAUGCGGCACCUCCACCUCCUCUGCAGCACCCGGCGUACCACCCGCGGUCGUCGUCGUUCUCGCAGCCGCUCCCGCCCAUGUCGCUCGUCCCCGAGGGCGCCCACUCGUCGGCCACGUUCUGCUACUCGCCGCAGACGGGCCCGCUCCCGUCCAUCUCGCAGCAGCAGCAGCAACAGCAGCAGCAGGUUUAUCAGCACCAGCAGCAGCAGCACGAGCGCCGGCCGAGCUACCAGGACGCGCCCGACCCUUACCCGGCCGACGAGUCGUUCGCCUACGCUCCCCCGCCGGUCGACCACAACUCGGCGCCCUACCACGACGGCGGCUACGCGCACAACCCGACCUUUUCCCACCCGGCCUAUGCGCGCGCCUCGACCGCGACGCAGCCCGGCCCGCCCUCCCUCAGCAUGAACACCUCGUUCGCCCGCCCGUCGACCUCGCACGCCGCGCCCAUGUCGUCGACGCCCGCCUCGGCCAACACGCUUCAUGCGUCGCCGUGGUCGGGCCCGCCGCCGCCGUCGAGCCUGUCGCUCGGCGCCCUCGCGCAGCGCCGCCGCAGCGCGACCGACGCCCUGCAGCAGGGCUACUACAGCCGGCGCCUUAGCCACGAGGAGGAGGAGCGCCGCCGCGCGAGCCUCGGCGGCGCCCUGAGCCGCAGCCUGGGCCCGAGCAGCAGCGCCGGCAGCCUCGGGCGCCGCAGCGUCGACUACGCCGCGAGCGGGCUCGUCGGCCCGGCGAGCGCAGGCCAGUCGCCCGAGGUCCAUGGCGACCGCCAGCUCGGCCCGGCGCCGAUCCCGCUCUCGUCCAAGCAUACUCUGCCGCAGCGUCAGAACUCUGGCGGCGGCUCGGCGGCGUCGGCGUCGGCGGCGAGGAGCCCGCAGCUUCGGUUCGCGCCGCCUCCUCCCGCCGGGCCUGGCCCGUCCUCUGCGCGCGAGCGCCGAGCCUCGGGCGAUCGCGAGGGUGCCGUCCCGCGAGUCGUCGAAGAGGAUGAGGGCGACGACGAGCUGGUCGAGGACGAGCUCGACAGCCCUCGGUCGACGUCGGGCGGGCGCACAAGCCGCGCCGCGAGCGCCGGCUCGAGGAGCGAGACGCCGGUCGGCUCGCGGCGGGCGAGCACGACGGGCACGUUUGUCGGAGCAGGAGCGGGAGCGGGAACGGGGAGCAAGAGGAGGAGGUUGAGCGCGGCGAUGGUGGGCGACUUUGACGAGGACGGCGACUUUGCCGAGGACGAUGGCGGCGGUUCUGGCAAGGGGCGCAGGGAGCCCACGUCCAAGAAGUUUACUUGCCCUCAUCCUUCGUGCGGUCGGGCCUUUGCGCGCAACUUCAACCUCAUGAGCCACAUCAAGAGCCACCAGGGUAUCCGCGAGUUCAAGUGCCCCGAGUGCAACAAGCUCUUCUCGCGCAAGCACGACUGCACCCGUCACUGCAUCGCCAUCCACCACUACGACAAGGACGGGCAAGCUCCCGUCGGCAAACAGCCGGUCUACGUCGCCCAGGACAUCCUCCCCGUCGGCGUCAUGGUCGAGCGCGCCAAGGAGCGGCAACGCGCAGCGAGCGACGCCGCCCUGUCGAGCUCGGCGUCGUCGUCGGCCAACAAUGCGCCGCUCCUCAGUGGCUCGCGGCCGCUCGGGGCGCGGGUCCCGCUCUUGAGCACGGGUGCCGAGCCGGUCCUCCUCCAGCCGCCGCCGCUCUCGGCCACGACGCCCUCGUCCGCCUCGUCGACCUCGACCCCGUCCCUCCCGACGCCCAUCGACGGCCGUCCGCCGAUCCCGCUCCACCUCCCGCCGCCGCAUCACGCCUUGCAGCACCCGGCGUACCCGCCGCCGCCGCCGCCGGCUCAGCCGCUGUACGCCGCCGACGAGUCGACGCCGAGGGCGGUCGGGCCCGCCUCGCCGCAGAUCGGCUUUGCUCCGCCGCCGCCGCCGGUCCGUCGCGCCGUCAUGGGCGACGAGCAGUAGGGCGCGCACGUCGCGCUCGAGCCCCGACCCCGCCUUUUUCCUCUC